GUGGAAGGGACAGAGAAGUGCCUUGGACACAGACCCCACCACCCAGAGUCCAUUGAAUUCUGGGAAGUGCUCCAGCCUGGGAGGCAGCUCAUCUCAAGCAGGGGAAGAACAGUAGAACCUGGGGGCCGUGUUGGAGUUGAAGUUCUUCUUCUCAGAGGAAGGACGGCACAGUGAGAAGAGAGAUGGAGGUGUGCUCUGAGAUUCUCUGUAAGGGUUGCACCCCUUGGCAGGGCCUCCUUCUCACAGCCUUCCUUUUAACCUGUUGGCACCUGCCUACCACUGCCCAAGUCACCAUCGAAUUAGUGCCGCCCCAAGUGGUUGAAGGAGAAAAUGUUCUUCUACGUGUUCAUAAUCUACCAGAGAAUCUUCUAGCCUUUGUCUGGCACAAGGGGGUGAGGAAUAUGAGCCUUGGAAUUGCACUACAUUCAUUGGACAAGGGUUUAAGUGUGACAGGGCCCAUACACAGUGGUAGAGAGACAGUGUACAGCAAUGGAUCCCUGCAGAUCUACAAUGUCACCCAGAAGGACACAGGAUUCUACACCUUUCGAACCAUAAAUGGACAAGUAGGAGUUGCAUCAAUAACAACCACGUACCUUCAUGUGUACAACUCCCUUUUGAACUGUGGGCGCCCUCCCACCUCUGCUCAGCCCACUAUUGAAUCAGUGCCGCCCAGAGUUGCAGAAGGGUCAAGCGUUCUUCUACUCGUCCACAAUCUCCCGGAGAAUCUUCUAGCCCUUUUCUGGUAUAGAGGAAUUGUUGUAUUCAAGAACCUUGAGAUUGCCCGACACGUAAUAGCCAGAAAUUUAACUAUCCUGGGUCCUGGACACAAUGGUAGAGAGACGUUGUACAAUAAUGGAUCUUUGCUGCUCCAGAAUGUCACCAGGAAAGAUGCUGGAUUGUACACCCUACGAACUCUGAGUACAGAUCUGAAAGUUGAAGUAUUACAUGUGCAAGUCCAGGUGGACAGCUCCCCUUUGACCCAUGAGUGCCCUCCUCCCUCUGUGCAUACCACUAUUGAAUCAGUGCCGCCCUUCAUUGCAGAAGGGUCAAAUGUUCUUCUAGUCGUUCACAAUCUCCCAAAAAAUCUACGAGUCCUUUUCUGGUACAAAGGGGUGAUUGUGUCCAACAACUUUGAGGUUGCCCGACAUAUAAUAGCCACUAAUUCAAGUGUGCUUGGCCCUGCACACAGUGGCAGAGAGACUGUGUACAACAAUGGAUCCCUGCUGCUCCAGAAUGUCACCUUGAAAGACUCCAGAUUUUACACUCUGUGGAUGCUGAGUACAGAUCUGAAAAUUGGAUUAGCGCAUGUGCAACUCCUGGUGGACACCUCCCAUUCUACAUGCUGUAAACCUCUCAUGAUUGAACCAGUGCCACGAAAUGCUGCUAAAGGGGAAAGUGUUCUACUUCUUGUUCACAAUCUGCCAGAAGAUGUGAGAACCUUUUCCUGGUACAAGGGAGUGCUUAGCAUCCAGAUCUUUAAAAUGGCAGAAUACAACAGAGCCAUGAAUUCCAUCACCUGGGGACCUGCCCACAGUAGAAGAGCAAUGGUAUACACCAAUGGAUCCCUGCUGCUUCAGGAUAUCACGGAGGAAGAUGCAGGAUUGUACACACUAGAAACUAUAAAUAGAGAUUUGAAAAUUGAAAUGACACAUGUGCAACUCCAUGUGAAAUCCUCCCCUGUAACCUGCAGACAGCCUCCAAUCAUUACCAAGUUCAGCAUUGAAUCCAUCCCAUCCAAUGCUGUUGAAGGGGAAAACGCUCUCCUACUUGUUCACAACAUCCCAGGGAACCUUCGAGCCUUUUCCUGGUACAAAGGGGUAGGCGUCGUCAACAGCCAUGAGAUUGUAUGGUACAUAGUACCCAAUAAUAGAAGUUUGCUGGGACCUGCACACAGUGGUAGAGAGACUGUGUACCCCAAUGGAUCCCUACUGCUCCACAAUGUCACCCAGAAGGACACUGGAUUCUACACCUUACGAACCUUAAAUACACAGCUUGAAACUCAAGAAAGACAUGGGCACAUCCACAUAUACAAGCCUGUGACACAGCCCUUCAUGCGAGUCACUGACCCUACAGUCACAGUGGAGAGCUCUGUGGUCUUCACUUGUGUCUCAGCUGACACUGGAAUCUCUAUCCGUUGGCUCUUCAAUAACCGGAGUCUGCAGUUCACAGAGAGGAUGACUCUGUCCCCAACAAAGUGUCUACUCAGAAUAGAUCCUGUCAGGAGGGAGGAUGCUGGGGACUAUAAGUGUGAGGUCUCCAACCCAGUCAGUUCAAAGACCAGUCUUCCAGUCAGGCUGGCCGUGAUUGAUGAGUGACUGCUCCUCUCAUCCUACAGCAGAGUGGGACAUUUAUUUAUUGAUGGGGUAGAAAAUGGAGAAACGUUUUGUGGUAAAAAUUGUCAGUUACGAGAAACCAAAGACACUGGCACUGGGUUUUGAUUCUACUGCAUGGACUAGCUUUGUGGGAGCCUAGUCUGUUUGGAUGCUCACCUUCCUAGACCUGGAUGGAGGGCGGAGGACCU